AUGCACAAAGCACAUCUGGCAAGCGCCUUUCAGGACCGAAACGUGCUGGGCAACCGCAUUGAUGUGCUUAUCUCUACUGGAGCACCACUGCAGCAUCAGGUUCAGCGAUUCGUCACUCGGAUCUUCGGCAAGCUGGUUGUGGAUGGGUAUGGAUGCACAGAGACUGGCAGGCUGGCCAGCAAUGGCUCAGUGGCAGAGAACGUGGAAAUCCGCCUCCUGGAUUUGCCUGAACUGGGCUAUCUCACUUCCGACUGCCCUCCGCGCGGUGAGAUCUUAGCCAGGACGCCCUACAUGGCAGGAUACUUCAGCCUGCCGAGAUUCACGGAACAAGGCACCGUUCGGCAGAUGGAGUCCGACACAGAGGACUGGAUUGCACUCAAUGGUGUGAUGUAUUUUCGAACCGGUGACGUUGGUGAGCUUGUUGCGCCUGGGAACAUCCGUGUGAUUGACCGCUGCAAGCACCACUUCAAAUUGGCUCAGGGCAUUUACGUCGCUCCAGAGCCAAUAGAGAAGGUCUUACUGCAGAGCCCGCUCAUUGCUCAAAUAUUCGUGUGGGGCUGCGGAUUCAUGCAGGCUACGGGUGCCGUUGCGGUACCGAGCAAGAAGCUCCUACCGGCACUUGGAUUUGGAAGUGCCCCGCUGGCCACUGCUUUGGAGUCGGCCAAGCAGCAGGCCUCAACCCUGAUCCUUCAAAGUCUGGCAGACGUUGGCCAGAGAUGCGGCCUGAAAGCAUGGGAGAUUCCACAACGCCUCGUGCUGGAGCCCACCAACUUUUCGGAAAGCCAGGGAUUGCUGACAGCGUCUGGGAAGCUCAGCAGAGCUGCCUUGAUUCGCCGUUAUGGAAAAAUGCUGUCCGAUACUCAAGAUGAGUGUGAGGGAUUGGAGAUCACGUCAGCGCUGCCGCCUACGACCGGUGUGUGUGCCGGCCUGCACAGCAUUCUGAAACGCAUCUCUCCAAAGCAGAGCUUUGUGCCCACAGACUCGAUAACUUCGUUGGGUUUGGACUCCCUGGGAGUUGCGCGACUCUGCGCGCAGCUGCGGCAACAGUUCGGACAGGAGGUUCCAGCUCGGGUCCUGUUCACGCUGGAGACCCUGGCCGACCUGGAGCGGCUUAUACUCGCGGGACCGCAAGCAGCUCGCGCCAUCGUCGGCAAGUGUUCCACAACUGUGAACUUUGAUGAGGAGGCAGAUGCCAGAUGCCAAGACCUGGCAGCCUGCGUUGUGGGCUUGAGCAGCCCAAGUGUUCCACAACAAACAUCAAAGGAGUCUGGUAUGGUGCUGCUGACGGGCAGCACAGGCUUCCUGGGGGCCUUUGCUGCAAGCGCACUUGCGCACAGUGGGUUAAAGGUGAUCUGCCUGGUACGGGCCACUAGCCAACAAGAGGCACGUGACAGACUUCAGGCCUGCCUGCAGUUCUAUCAGCUUGCGGACGAGGUUCCUGCCAAAAUGAUUGCCUUACCCACAACAGGUGUGGAGAACUCGUACCUGGGUUUGCCUGCUGAAUUUCAAGGUGAGGCUGGCAAAGCAACUACAAUCGUCCACUGCGCCGCGCAAGUUUCUGGAGUGUUGCCAUACGGCGCCCUGUGCGCACCCAAUGUGGUUGGAACAAAACAGGCCAUCCUUCUAGCAUUGCAGACAGGUGCUCAGCUCGUACAUGUUUCUACCCUUGGCUUUGUGGAUGACGGCCUAUCGGAGACAAGCUGCGUGUCCACGAGGAACUUGCACAAUCGGUCAGGAUACGCCCAGUCAAAGUGGGUGGCUGAGCAACUGGUUUGGAAAGCGAUGGAGUCAUGUAACUUGCGAGCCGUAGUUUUGCGACCUGGCACGGUUUGUGCGGCACGUUCUGGUGCGAGCAACACUAAAGAUGCUGUAAGCCUGCUGCUGCUUGGACUCGUCCAAUUGGGCUGCACAUGCUUAUCUGACCGGUCUCCGUUGCCAGCUGGAUUCAAUUUGGUUCCAGUGGAGUACGUGGCAGAUGCUAUAGUGGUUGCGGCAAGAUCGAGACGCAGUUUGCCGCGGGGUCCAAUUCAUCUUUGUGCUCCUCAAGCCGUGGCCACUCGAACGUUGUGUCAGUGGUUGACUGAAGCUGGUCAUGAGUUGAACGACCUCUCGCCCCAGGAAUUCUGCAAACGAGUUCAACAGGUGGAUGAGACCCAUCCUCUGUUUGCUCUGCGCGGCAGUUUGGGGCAAACUCCCACUGGGCACUCUGCGCGCCUCCCCGCUGUGGAAGCCCUCCAUGCAAGUGCGCUGAAGAUCAGGACAUCUCGUGUCAUGACCAAAGAUACUUUGGUCAAGUCCAUCAGCUUUCUAAGAGCGGCCCAUAAUGAGCAGAUGUGCCGGAAGCGAAAUGGACCCAUGGAUGACGGUCCACAGGUUGAGCUUUCGACAGCAGAACCAAAAAGUCGCCUCAGAGUUGCUUUGCAGUUUGACCGGGGACCUGCCGAAGUCUGA